GCUCAAAAAAACAACAUUUCUUAUUCAUUUCUUAUUUUAGGUUAGUGAAUGCACACAUGUGUCUAAUAUUAUUAUAAUUAUAUUAUCUGUUACUAAUGAAGUAGAAUUACACAAUAUAGAAGAGGAUAAACAAUAUGGAAAAUUCUGAAAAUUUAAACUUUUCAAAGGUGCAGGAAAAUAUGACUUUAAACGACUAUAUAAAGGAUGGUUUUAAAGUAAUGGUUGAGGCCACAAGAUCUUCUAAUUCUUUACCAGGAAGAGAUGACUGGGCAUACUACAGUAUAAAUGAUAAUUUCAAAAAGUGCAUGGAAAAUGAAAGCGAGAGAAUUUUGCAAAUCAUGAAUCGUUUACUACGCAAACAAGAGAUUGAAGAGAAUAUUCGGAAUCGUGACGUACAAGAGAAAACUGAACUAAUUAUUGAAGCAAAUGAUACUGUAUUAGAGAAAGUUGCUAAUAAUAUUGAUGAGCUAAAUGGCAUUAGAAGGAAACCAUCACAACUAGUUGAAUUACAAACAAUCACUGCACAAUUACCUAUUAAUGGAUCAUGGAACAGAUUAAAUAAAGCAUCAUUUGCUAUGAAUUCAUCUUCCUUUUCCCAACAACAAGCACAGUUAAAGUCAGUAACAUUAUUAGCAGCAAGAAAUAUUGUAAAGCCACAAAAUUUUUUUAAAGAUAAAAUUGACAACAGUAAUGAUAAUCCGUGGAUGCCAAGAAUUAAAGAAAAACCAAACUCUUUGAAACCUUUAGCAAUUUUCUUGGAAGAAAGUGAAUUUGGAGAUACAUACUCACAUCCUUAUGAGUUUGAAUUGGAAAGAUUUACUCCUAUCCCAGAACAGCUUAUUCAAACUGAAGCAGUAUUUCCAAAACUAAUUGAAGAAACCCCAUUGUAUGAAGUUAAUACUCCUGGCGAAUUAAACAACAUGUUGGAAGAUUUAUAUAAACAUACAGAGAUAGCAAUUGAUUUAGAGCAUCAUUCAUAUAGGUCUUUUAUGGGAAUUACUUGUCUUAUGCAAAUAUCUACUUGUAAUGCUGAUUAUAUAAUUGAUACAUUAGCUCUUAGAGAUAAAUUGUAUAUUCUUAAUGAAGUAUUCACAAACCCAUCUAUUGUAAAGAUUUUCCAUGGAGCUAUCUCAGAUAUAGAAUGGUUGCAACGGGACCUCUCUUUGUAUAUUGUGAACAUGUUUGAUACACAUUUUGCAUCCAAAGAAUUGGGAUAUACAGGACUUUCAUUAAGUUACUUAUUGACAAAGUUCUGUAACAUUAAACCUAAUAAGCAUUUUCAGUUAGCAGAUUGGAGAAUUCGGCCUUUGCCAGAUGAAUUGAAAACUUAUGCUAGAAUGGACACACAUUAUCUUAUUUAUAUCUAUCGUAUGCUGAAAAAUGAACUUUUACAAAAGGCAAAUGGCAAGGACAAUUUGCUAAAGUCUGUGAUUCAUAAAGGAACACAGCUGUGUUCAAAGAGAUAUAUUAAACCUCUUUUAAAAGAAGAUAGCCAUUUAGAGUUUUAUCGCAAAAGUAAAAGGAUAUUUGAUAAUCGUCAAAUGUACGCACUAAAAGAAUUGUACCGCUGGCGAGAUAAAAUAGCAAGAGAAGAAGAUGAAAGUACUGGGUAUGUUUUACCCAAUCAUAUGCUAUUAAAAAUAUCUGAAAAGUUACCUCGUGAAAUGCAAGGAAUUCUUGCUUGUUGCAACCCUAUACCAGUUCUUGUAAGGUCCAAUUUAUUACAGUUACAUCAAUUUAUUCUAAAAGCUAGAGAACAACCAACAAUAAAGCCAAUAUUAAAAGAAGGCAAUAGAAGUCGAGGAAGUACUCAAAAAAUAUUUAAAACCAAUAUAGAAAGUCCUCUUCAUUGCCCCCAUGAUUUGUCAAAACAGCAAGAAUUUAGAGACGAUUUACCAAUAUUACUUUCAAGUUGUUCAGAUAAAAUUCAAGCCACAAAUAUAGAGGAAGUUACAGCAGAAUUAUUGAUUGAGAAAAAGCAACCAUCGAUAUCGAUUUUUGCUACUGACGGAUUUGAUGAUGCUAUUAAGUCUCGCCUUAAGAUGAAAAACUUGAAAUUUUUGGGUCCAUUUGAUAGAUACCAAUUGGUUAAACCUUACAUAGCUGCAGAAGAAGCUAAGGAAACGGCAAAGAAGGCAGAAGCUAGUGCAGAAUGUAAUGACCGUACAGACGAGGAACGAAUCGCGGCUUUGCAUGAACAUUUCAAAUCUGUCUCACAACUCGUCCCUCAAAAAUUAUCAUCUGAAGAACAGUCAGCUUCCAAUGCAAUGUUUGUUAAUUUAAAUCCUCCAGUGAAAGUAAUAAAUAAGAUAAAACAGAAAAAAUCAUUGGUAAAGAUGGGUGGAAGAAAAAGAAGACGAGAAGAAGUAGAAGAACAAGAUAAUUACAAUGGAGCUGAAGCAAAAAGUUCAAUGAUUACGCCUGUACCAUUUAUAAAGCCAUUUAAAGAUUCAAACACCAACAAGAAACGGUUUAGAAAGCGUAAACGAAAAAAUAAUGACAGUAAUUUGCAAUUUGAAGACCAACAGUAUCCGCCUCAAAAACGACAGAAACAAAAUAAUCAACCACAAAACCAAAAUAUUAACCAACAACAAAUGAAUACCUGCGACAAAGGCAAAUCAUCGCAAAACAAGGCUAAAAAGACUCGUGCUCAAUUUUUCAAAGACAAACAGAAAAAGGUGCAGAGAUCUAUGAAUGACAGUCAAAGUAUACAGGGAAAUUUGAGGAACGAAAGAAAAAACUUUAACAAUCCAUCCUUUGGAAAAGGAAGAAAAGAGGACAAUUUCAGGCCUUUUGAUUAUGCUUCUGUAGAUUAUUCACAAUUUAAGACUAAUGAUAUGAUUCCUAACAGAAAUCAAUUCAAAACUAAAUUCAAAGGGAAGGUAAGUAUUUCAACUUAUUAAUGAAUAAAUAAAA